AUGAUUCAGGUCUUAGUUGUUGUGUUCCUGACUAGGAUAGAAGAAGAGCAGCAGACAGCACUUCAGGCUUCCCUGUGGACGGGCGGGUCCACCUGCCUCUGCCUUCUGAAGCCCUUCAGGUUCUCUGGGAUGGCUCAGGACCCUGAAGAAGCCGAGGGGGCCGCAGAGAGGAAAUUGGUACAAGGCGACAAUUCUUCCCUGGAUAUGUUAGAGGGUGAAUACCGCUGCUACGCCUCCAACAGUCUGGGGACCGCCAUGACACAAACCGUCAAAGUCAACGUAGAGCCUCAGCCAGUUCUCAUGAAACAACAAGUCGAGCGUGCGCAAGGACUCGUGGGACAGAGUAUGGUCCUGUCCUGCAACCCUCCAAAAAGCUCGCCUCCUCCCAGCAUCCACUGGAUGAACAUAAGUGAGUGUGCCGAUCUGUUUCCUGUCCCGUCCGUCAGCUGCCAGCCUCUACCCACACCUAGGGUGGAAUGGAAGAAGAAGGAUGGUGUCCUGGCAGACACAACCGGCCAAGUUAUUAACUUUGACCGCUGGCUCCACUUCGACGACGUCUCCCUGGAGGACGACGGCGAGUACGAAUGCAAAGCCUCCAACACCCACGGCUUCAUCACGCGCUCCUUCACGGUCACUGUGGAAGCGGCUCCUUACUGGAUGAAGGAGCCUCAGAACCUGAUGUACACUCCCGGGGAAACAGUCCGACUGGACUGUCAGGCUGACGGCAUCCCGAGGCCCAGCAUCACCUGGAGGAUCAACGGUCAGCUGUUAACAGUCUCAGCAAAACCGGACCCCCCCAGUGGUCUGACUCUGUCUAAUGCUGAGGGGGUCAGUGUGACUCUCAGCUGGAGCCCAGGACUCUCCCACAACAGCCCCAUCACAGAGUUCAUCAUACAGGCUCGGGAGGAGUACCACACGGAGGAGAGGAAGUGGACGUGGGAGGAACUGAAGAAAGUGCCAGGCGACUUCAACCACGUGGAGCUGUCCCUCCAUCCAUUCUCCACCUACCGAUUCCGGGUCAUCGCCAUCAAUGAGGUUGGCAGGAGCAGACACAGCAACCCCUCAGACCACCACAGCACACCACCUGCUGUUCCCUCCAUCAACCCUACAGGAGUGCGCAGUAACUCCUCGGAACCAGGGACAAUGAUCAUCACGUGGGAUGAGAUAGACAAGCGUUUUCAUAAAGGCCAGAACUUCGAGUACGAGGUGCUGUGGAGGGAGGCCGACAGGUCAAAUGUAAACUGGAACUCCGGCCGUGUGAGGUCUCCACCGUUCAUAGUGAACAACACAGGAACGUACACGCCGUUUGAGAUCAAAGUCCGAUCUGUCAAUGCCCUCGGAGGAGGACCGGAACCAGAGCCGGGGACCGGGCACUCCGGAGAGGACAAGCCAGAGGAAGCGCCGACUGGAGUUUCAACCACCGUGAUGAACAGCACCAUCAGAGUGAGCUGGAACAAAGCCCAGAGGGUCCGAGGCCGGCUGCUGGGAUACAGGAUCUACUAUAAGAGGCUGGGGCCCAAGGCCGAACGGAGCCGGAGGUCUCUCAGACAAUCCCAACACGAGGAGGAGAGAGGAGAAAGAUCAAAACCAUUGAGUGAGACAGACGAGCACAGCUGGCAGGUGGAGGAGGUUGACCAUAGCAAGACCUCAGCGGAGGUGACGGGACUGCGACUGUUUUCUGAGUACGAGCUGACGGUCACUGCAUUUAACAGCAAAGGGGAGAGUCCUCGCUCCCCGCCACACCACUUCCACACGCCGGAGGGAGUUCCUGGUCCUCCUGCAUCUCUGGAGUUUGAAAGCCCGACAGAAAAAUCCCUGAUCCUCUCCUGGAGCCCUCCAGCUGAGACCAACGGCAUUCUGCUGGGAUACAUAGUGCAGUACCAACGGGAGGUGGAAAGCAAAAACAGUCCUGUGGAGAUACUGAAUGUCAAUGACCCCACAGUAAAGCACAUCACGCUGGACAACCUGGAUCCCGACAGCCAUUACAUCUUCAAAGUAACAGCAUGCACAAAGAUUGGACAAGGCCCUCCCAUCACACGCAGGGGAGCCACUCUGCUUGAUGGAGAGCCUCCGAGAAACAUCACAGUAACCUCUGGUAACGCAUCAGUCAACCUGAGCUGGGUGCCCGGAGAGAGAAACCGAAACCACGGCUUCCAGAUCCAAUACCUCAAGAAGAGCGGAGGCGGUGGGUGGGAGAACUCAGAGCAGGUCAACACUACGCAGGGUUUCUAUAUGCUGACGGGCCUCCAACCAGGAGCUCAGUACCACCUGAGGGUCAUGCAUGGAAACUCCACUUAUUGGCAAGGCGAGGCAAAGACCGUGGAACCACUGCCGUCAGAGAUAACCGGCAGGUUCGCCACCCAAGGCUGGCUGAUUGGACUCAUCAGCGCCAUCGUGCUGCUGGUUCUCAUACUGCUCAUCCUCUGCCUUAUCAAACGCAGCAAGGGCGGCAAAUAUGCAGUGAAGGACAAAGAAAGUAAGGAGGUGGACUCUGAAGCUCGACCAAUGAAAGAUGAAGCCUUUGGAGAAUACAGAUCGCUGGAGAGCGAUGGCGAUGAGAAGCGCUCGGACAGCCAGCAGUCUCUGGAGGAAAGUAAGAUGGGCAGCGUCGACUCUCUGGCUGAAUACGGGGACAGUGUGGACAUCCAGUUCAACGAGGACGGCUCCUUCAUCGGCCAGUACAGCGGCCGGGCAUCUGCUCCCCACGGCAACGAGAGCUCGGGCCCCGCCUCCCCCGUUAAUGCAGUCCCACCUCCCCCCGUCGCUCCCUCCAUGUCGAGCAUCCUAAACCGGCCCAGCUAGAGACACACAUGGCCAAAACACACACACACACACACACACACAAUGUCAGUACAUUCCAUUGGUUUAUGCAGUGAAGCUGUUUACAGUUUACACACACACACACACAAACACACACACACAUACAACCGCGCGAUUAGAAACUCGUAUGAGCGAACAAACUGAGUGAGGCGAGGGCGAGAGCUGCACCAGCUGCUCCUGAGCUCCCUGAGUUACAUGAGCUCCGUCUGUUUGCAGGGUUGUUACUGAACAUGUAAAACUUCUGAUUUUGUAACAUCUGAGAUGGUGUUCAGACGUGUGGCACGCCAAAGAAACGCAGCGAAUGUUAUUCUGGUCUGCAGCAUCUGAUUCAGCUUCACAUGUCAGUAACUACUCACAUAGAUGAACACCUAAAUGAGUACAUGGAGACAGUUUAAGAGCUAUGAAAUUAAAUUCAUAAUAAAGGGAUACAUUUUUAAAACACAGACUAGUUCUUCUGUAGGAUUAUUAAUGAAUAUUUACAAUUCUGGACCAACUUUUUGUAGUCAGUGAGUACAAAGCAAACAGUUUGCUAGUCUGAGCUCUGGCAGAACCAAGUGACAGCUGAUUGGCUAACGGUGAAUAUCAGGUUAAACACAAAAAUAAAAUAAUAAAGCUUAUUAAUACUAAUUCUGAUAAAGGAUCCAUUCUCUGUGCAUUUUAGCUAAUACAGUUUGAGCUCCUGACGUCCUCUCCGUACCCUUCAUGAUGAGUUCUGACACCUCAGCAUAUCUCAAACUAGAAAGUCACCUGAGCUGCAGGUGGAGCUUCCUCUGAGGCUCUUUGGGUCGAACUCGGUGCCAUUUAGACUGACAUACAUCUCUGGAUUUAUCUGGACUCCAGGUUUGUAGUUACCAUGUUGUGGUUUGUUUACACGAUGGAAAGCUUUCUAAUUGGGCACAAACAAUUUACUGUUUACUAAAAUCUUUCCUGAUUUGAUGAAUGUAAUUGCGCAUUAAGCUGGGACUCGCUGCGUAGACCACGGGGUGUGUUGACGUAACCCACAACACCAACCACGAUCAUGGGAGGAGUCUCCACAAUGGUCACUGCCUCAACCACUUCCUUCUUGUUCACCUUUGAGCCUCGCUGACAUGGCCUUAAAGUGAAACCAGUCUCAGUCUCAUAAGGAAAUGAGUUUCAUGGCUCAGAGUGUUGCGUCUGAUUCUUGGUUGCUCCAUCUGUCCACCAGGACAAAGCUGCUCUUUGACUUUUUACCUUAGAGUGGUGUUUGCACGUGACACAGUAAAGUUAGACUUUAAAUAGAAACUCAGAGAAGCUGGUGCAGCUCAGCCCAGGAGACGGAGAUGAUUUAUGGUCACAAAGAAAAAGCAAAAAUCUGGGAGUUUUUCAUCUUUCAUCUUGGACCAAAUCACUUUCUUUCAUCGUAAACAAACAUUUCAGUCUCUGUUUGUUUCCUUAGCAUAUUUAUAUGUAGAUUUUUUAUAUUUAUGUCUUUUUGUUACCAACUUAUGUAUCUGAGUUUGCAUGCAUGCGUCAUGGAACGGUUUUUGCUAUUUAUAGAUGCAUGCCAGCUUCCAGGCAUUUCUAAAGCAUUUCAUUGAUAUUUGAGUUAAAGAGCGAGACUGUUACUGUGUGUGUGUGUGUGUGUGUGUGUGUGUGUGUGUGUGUGUGUGUCUGUGUGUGUGUGUGUGUGUGUGUGUGUGUGUGCUUGCUCUCCAUCCCUGCCCUUUGACCUGCAGAGAGGGGAGCUCUGUUGCCUUAAGAGAGUCCAGAUGAACCUCCCCUCCUCCCUCCUCCUGUCAGUCAUCUCUCCUCAGACGCAGCUUCGUGUGUAAAAGUUUUCAGCGUUGCAGUUUCUGCAAACGUCCGUUACAGCCUGUAAAAGGCCAGCAGACGGCACAGUUCACUGCUUCAGAUGUUCCAGGGCUGCCUUUGAAUAUGAUUGGAAAAAUUCCUAUGCAUACACACACACACACACACACACACACACAUACUGAUGAACACAUGAAGUGGAGGCCCACAUGGCGGGUCCUCUGUAGCAAAACGGACCCUCUGACGGAGCGAGGGAGGAGGCGGAGGAGAACGAGGAUGUAAUCGCUCCCUGAAUGUAAAUAGAACCUCGAGAUUGUCAGUUUUUUAUUUCCAUUGCUUCUUCUCUAAAAUCAUUGAAUUGCAGUUUUUAUCUUUUGCUCUGUUUGAUUUUGUACUUGUAUUUUGUAUCAACACCCUCCCCUCCAUCGUCUAAUCUUAGGUUUUCCUUUCGUGUCGCUCAGUAGCCUCGAGACGUUUAGAGGAGAUUAGAACCGUAGAGAGAAAAACACUCCCCUUCAUUCAUUCAGUUUCUUUAUAGCGCGUAGCAAUGCAGCAAAUAAUACUGAUUAUUAAAAAGCUAUGUCAUAAAUGUUUCUACAGCUCGCUGAGCUGUUUAAUGGCAGCGGGUGAGAUGAUGUUCUCUGGACGGACCCGCACUGGGAACAGUCCUAUAGCUCAGAGGGUUUAUGUCGUUGCCUUGGACACGCUGCACUGAUGCCGAUGCGGAUCAAAAAAAUCAAUCUGAUGAAAAUAUGUGACGCAGGAUUACACACAGGGAGCCCGUGUCCGGACCCAGAGCUGACGCUUAUUCUUACAGUUUGUCGAGCAGAGAGACGAACCCGACGAAGCGAUAAACCAAGCAGAAAAGACCAAAACCAACAACCACUGACUGUAGACAUAAAACUUUAAACAACCUUCCAAAAUGAUAGUUUCCCAUAAAAACAAAGUUCAUUAUUAUCCAGCAAAUAAAUUCUCAUUAUAGUUGGAUUCGUAUUUUGCGCUGUAGUGAGUGUUUGUGACUCCAUCUGUGGCUCUGAGGUAUAAACUGGUGCGUUCACCCCACACCAUCAAACACAAUAUUAUUCCUACUGUUAUUUUCACUUGCUCAUUGGGCCACAAAUGAAUUCAAACAGGCAGGAGCGGUGCAUUUGUUGGGAAGCAGGAAAUUACAUCACUGGUUCUCUACUGUGUGUCUGUGUGACCAUAAACUACAUCUAAAGGAUGGAUGUAGCUUUUGGGCCUCAAAAAAGUGAAGUCAACCUAGAAGUGCCUCAAACCUGCAUUCUUUCCAAAGCCCAGCAGGGGGCGACUCCUCUGGCUGUAGAGAAGUCUGUGACUCAGUGACAGGCCUGUCCUACAUUUUAGGACAGGGCGUCUUGUCCCCUCAAUGCUCACUUCAGGGGUCAAAAAACAAAUCGUACUACAGAAAACUAGAUUGUUCACAGUUUCCAGACAAAGUGGGCCCACAUCCAGCACUGGUUUUGGUCUUUUCAGUAGAUUUUCCUGCAAAAGAAAAAGCGAGCUAGAGAAAACUAGAGUGAACUCAUGGACAGGGAACUGCGUAUCUCGAGCUGAUUAAUCACUGCUGAUUGUGAAAUAACAGCAGCGAGCAAACGCUCGUCUUCCUUCGUGUACAAUAAUCCAAAGUCCGACCUCAUCUUGUUGCCUUGAUGGACGGCUCCCCGCCCUCGACCCCACUCCCGUCCGUCUGUCUCUCUGCUCUGCUGCACAGCCCUGUCUGUCUGCCUGUUUUUUGUCACAGCCUUUUUUAUACGUACAUGGGGGAAAAACAACAAUAUUAAAAAACACUUAAAAAAGACAAAAAUGUAGUUAUGCAUAAUAAUUCUGCUUACAAUAACAGCAGUGCUGUAAUCUAAUCAGCUACGACGAUGACGUCAGUGUCAUCCUCAUGUGGUCAGUAACACAAUGAGUCAGUAUCACAGGAUCAAGCAGGGAGGUUAAAGUGGGAGGAGUCACACAUAUGUAUACAGAGGGGGUGCGUGGGGUGGGAGGGGUUACUGCGAUAUUGAGGUGUGCUGAUGUUGUAACUGCUUGUUGCGUUGUGCGCUGAGCUGUAUCUGAUGAACUAACCCAACUUUCAACUAAUAAACACGGACUACGCA